AAUGGCGGCAAAUUUGGACGAGUCGCUCGAAGACAACAUUGAUCAAUUACCCGAAACAGCAAAUCCUGUACCACCCAGAAGCUUUACUGUAGAAAACGAAAAUUUAACCAACGAAGAAGAACAGUUAUCUGAGAUUGAAGAGCACGAAGACGAAGAAAGAAACCCUCUUUUGGAGCUGAAAAAGUGCAAAGAGUGGCUGCAACAGCAGAAGAUAAACCAUGAGGCUGAAUUACUUGUCCGACGCCUCCAGCAAUGUGAGGACCAACAGCCUUCUACAAGUGUGUCAUCGCAGUCUGAUCUGUAUGAAAGGAUAUCUAAGUUACAAGAUCAGCUGUAUUCCCUUUCAACUGCUCGCUCAUACAAGAAGCUUCUCCUGGACAGGCUUCUGUGUGGUGACCGGUUGAUAAAAAAACUGUUCCCAGAUGUUGUGACAGACUCACCAACAGAAGAACAAACUGAAGAAAUGAGAGCUUUUGUUAAAUUAUGUGAAAAACAGAACAAGCUUAGCACUGAGAUUCUUGUGGAACAUGAGACAUUAUCGGAAGCACAGACUCUUUUAGACAAGCUGAAACGGCAAAGUUAUGAGAUAAAAAAGGAAAACCGAGGACUUAUGAAACACCUUCAGAAACUUACAGACGACAAGGAAAAUGCUUCUUCUGACCCUUCAGAUAGCAGAGUAAUCCAAAAGUUAAAACAGCAAAUUGGACUCACAGUAGAAAAAAUAGACAUCCUCAGGAGUGUGUUCCAGGGUAUUGUAGUAGGAAGUGGUAUUGACUGGGCGGUGGACGAAGAGAUGCGACGUCUUGUUCUUAGUCUUGGAGAGCUACUAGAGUUUGCGACAUGACUUGUCCUCGUCCGACAGCAAAACUGAGCUUCCCGUCGCUCGCACUAGUAGGAAACAACUACUGAGCUAGUGGAGUGUCGAAAUGAACUCACAAAACUUGAAUGUCUCACACAGAUAUUUAUUUGACAAUGAUAACAUGGAUGGCUCACUUUUUAGUCAGGAGUUGCAUCUUGGCCCUGCUGUCUUACUUAAUCUUUUACACCCUAGUAUCAGUAUGCUUAUUCUCCUUACUGUUCUUUAUAAACCUCCUAUCGUGCCAACUAGGAGAAUUUGUUCAACAAUCAAGAGCCUGUUUAGUUGGUGAUCGUUUCCUUUAUUCUCCUGACCUUAAUCAUAGAGCGUCUCAUCGUGGCCUCCAUGAUUAGCUAAGAUGCGAACAUACGGCAUAAAGUAAAUACUUAGUUAUAUUAUACUGCUCUUCAGUGACUGUAAUCUACGUUCUUAAAAGUUUUAGCACAUUGUAUCAGGGUCAAACAGACACUGUAAUAUUAUAGACUAUUUGUACGAAAACAUAAAUAUACGUUAUUGAUCAA